AUGCUAUGGAAACAUUUUUCAAGGAUACCACAUGAAUUAUUGGGAAAAGGAGGAUUAAAAAAAUUAGCCUUGAAAGUUAGUGUAAUUAAGGAAACAUUUAAAAUAGUUUUGGAUCUUAUAUGCAGGAGUUACUCUACCACAAUCUUAAAUAAAUCUACAACCAAAUUUAUUAAUUUAUAUACUAAAUAUAUAUAUAAUAAUGUAUUUGCAAUUUUGUGUAAUAAUACAUAUUAUAAAAUUAGCAAUUACAAACAACCUAUAAGUAAUUUUUUUUUAAGAAACAAAAUUAUCAAUAGAAAAUUAGAGCGCAUAAAAAUUACAACAUACGAAGAUAAAAUAAUAAAAAAAAAAGGUAAUGCAGUGAAAAAUAAAACAAAUAUAUAUACAGAAGAGAUAUAUGAAAAUAAUCCAAGUGAGCAUUAUAUAAUUGACCUAUAUAAUAAUGAAACACAUUUAGAACCUGAAUAUAGUAGUUCUUUCUUUUUAAAUAAUCAAAUUUCCACAUGUGAAUCGAAUUAUAACACAACACAAUCUAGCGAUGAUAGUAGAACUAAUGAAAAUGAUGAUUUAUAUAGCAGCUCCUAUUUAGAAAAUGGAAUGUUAUCUUAUGAGACGUUAGAAUAUGAUGAGGACGAAGCAAAUGAAAGUAUAAAAAAUUGCUAUUUAUAUAAUGGGUAUACAAAUGCAACUACUUAUAAAAAUUCUGAAGAGUAUAAAUUUUUAAAGAAUCGUUUAAACGACAAAAAAAGGGAUUUUGUAAAUAUAGCGAUAGACGUUUCAUCACAGUGUUACGACCAUCAAGGGGAAGAUGAACAAAGCGAAAGUGGAAGUUGCAACAGCAGCAAACGAGAGAAAAACUUGGAAAACAGUGAUAAAGAAAUAAAAGAGAUAUAUAAAAAAAAAAGAAGAAAAAAAAAAAGAAAAAUAUAUGAGAUUUAUAACACAGAAACAACAGUAGAGCAAAAUAUGUACUGUGCAAAUUAUUUAAACGAGUAUUAUUCAUCUUCAUAUGAUUGUACUAGUGAAGAAAGCGAUAAUAUUAGUAGGAAUGAUUCUGCAGAUAAUGACUUUCACGACAAUUAUUCCGCAGAUGUAUUUGAAAAUGAUUGUUUAUGUCAUUACAGUGCCCACAGUUAUGACACUAUUCACAGUACAUAA